CUACUGCCACUGUGUCCCAGCAACAGUGGGAGCAAGAAUUUACUUUUUCCCCACCUCCAAGUGGAUUCUUUCCCCCUCUCUUCCCUUCAUCCUUCUCCUGGAGUUGCGCCGUCUCCCAGUGCCUGACUGUGGGGAGAGAGAGGAGGAGUGGAACGGAAUGGCAUGAGAUUGCUCCAGAGUUUAAGAGAGACUGAAGGGUAACCAGAGUAAGAUAGAAAGGGGUAGCGAGAGAGGGAGAGGGAGAGGUAGGUGAGAGAAGGGAGGAAAAGAUGAGGAAGGAGUCAAUAAUGAAUGAAUAGGGAUUGAGAGAAGGCAUGCUGGCAAGAGUGCUUAGAUGGAGCGAGAGAGGGAGUGGAAAACUGUGAUAGAGAGAGCGCUAUUGGAAGGUGCGUGGUUGGAGUUUAUACGUGGAGAAAGGGAUCAGAGCGAAGAAGGGAAAAAAAUAGGAAAGAUAUUGAUACAAGAACAGAAAAGUGUAGAAGACGAGAGGCGAAAGAAUGGAAUAGAGAAUGAUGAGAUGUGGAGCUGUGGUGACAGAACUGCAAAGCGAAAGAGUUUGUAAUCCAGGAAGGAACUGAGAGGAGGCACUUCUACUUUCUGGACUGCGUUUCUGUACCUGGGGGAUUUCUACUGGCCUGAGCACUUUGUCCUCCCACUGCGCAUAGGAGGCUAUUGGAAAAAAAGAUGAUCGGUCUCAAGGUUGGACCAAGCCUUACUCCACAUUUCCCUCAAUAAGCGAAAACUUUGGCGGACCCCUCUUCCCCCUCGCCCCUCUCUGGGACCGCCGCACUCCCCGUCACGUUUGCCACCAUUGACACCCGUUGCCAUGCGUCCGCCCCCCCUCUUCCAACUUCACCAGUUUCCACGACACCCCACCGUUCGGAGCUCAAUCAAUUGGAACCCCCGACAAUAGUAUGCGUGGCCAAGCGGACCAUACCCGCCUUCGAGCGCCGAGAGUGCUCGUGAAUACGAUUUCUCCUCCCCCUGCAUUAAAAACGAUUCCACCCCUUCUGAACUGCGCUCACAUGUCGGGACUAUGGAAUACACCUGCUUGAAAUUAGGAUGAUUAUGGGAAAGCGGAAGUUUCGUCACAUCUACGAUUUGUGGCUAGGAACUAGAUAAUGGAUUGGAGAGAACUGACCGCCCAAAACCUUAGCCUCUCCUCCAAGCGAAAGAAGCCCCAGCAGCCUCAGCCCCAGUCUCUGCCCGAAACCGCUGAGCCCCUGGUCUACACAGGUGGCUUCAGCGGCGCCCUGCAGCUGUCCCCGCCUGCUGUGCCGCCAUGCCUCUUCCGGGCGGGGUUAAAGGUCAAGGACACCCCGGGGAUGGGAAAGGUCAAAGUGAUGGUGCGUAUCUGCUCUGCCCAGGGCUUCAGCGACACCUCAGAGUCCAGGUCGUUUCUAAAGGUUGACGCCCGCAAGAAGCAGCUCACCCUCUGCGAAACGCCUGCUAACAGUCACUCCAGUGCAGCCCAGAGGCGCACCGCUGCAGCCGCCCCCAAGAUGUUCACUUUCAACACGGUCUUCUCCCAGGAUGCCUCACAAGCUGAGGUAUGCUCGGGGACGGUGGCGGAGGUCAUCCAAUCGGUGGUGAACGGUGCAGACGGCUGCGUCUUCUGCUUCGGCCAUGCCAACCUCGGUAAAACAUACACCAUGAUUGGUCGGGACUGCUCCACACAGAGCCUGGGCGUGGCUCCCUGCGCCAUCUCCUGGCUCUUCAAACUCAUCGAGGAGCGCAGGGAGAAGGCUGGGGCACGCUUCUCGGUCCGUGUGUCGGCUGUGGAGAUUUCUGGCCUGGAUGAGGCGCUGACCGACUUGCUGUCCGAUGUGUCCACUGGCAGCCUGCAGGAUGGCCAGUCCCCAGCGGUGUAUCUGCGCGAAGACCCCAUCUGCGGAUCACAGCUCCAGAACCAGAUUGAGUUGCAUGCGGCCACUGCAGAGCGGGCAGCCUACUUUCUGGAUGCAGCCCUGGCGGCCCGAAGCACCAGCCACCCUCACUGCGACAAGGAUGUGAGGAGGAACUCUCACAUGCUCUUCACCCUCCACGUCUACCAGUACAGCAUGGAAAAGAGUGCCAAAGGAGGAAUGUCUGGCGGCCGUAGUCGUCUGCACUUGCUGGAUCUGGGCAGCUGUGAGACGGACAUAAGUCGAACCCGAGAAGGAGGUGGAGGUCAGUGUCUGUCACUUUCUGCUCUGGGAAACAUCAUCCUCGCCCUGGCCAAUGGGGCCAAGCACGUUCCCUACAGGGAUAGUAAGCUCACCAUGUUGCUGAGAGAAUCUCUGGGCAACAUCAACUGCCGAACCACCAUGAUAGCACACAUCUCUGACUCACCAACCAAUUACAUGGAGACUCUAACCACGGUGCAGCUGGCCUCGCGUAUCCACCACAUGAGGAAGAAGAAAUCCAAGUAUACAUUCAGCUCCUCUGGUGGCGAGAGUUCCUGCGAGGAAGGACGAAUCCACAAGCCACACUUGAGGCCCGGAGAACCAAGAACCAUGGCCCUUGACCCGGAUAUGCCCACAUUGCUGUCCAGUGACCCGGACUACUCAUCCAGCAGUGAGCACUCCUGCGACACGGUCAUUUACGUCGGGCCUGGUGGGGCCGCUAUUUUUGAUAGAGAGCUCAGUGACAACGAAGGCCCACCUUCCUUUGUUCCCAUUAUUCCCUCACUAAACAGGAAGUGCUGCAAAGACACCCAACAGCCAGAGGUGGAAUACUUCAAGUGCAACACAUUUGCGGAGCUCCAAGAGAGACUGGAGUACAUUGAUGGCAGCGAGGGCCCAGCUGCCUUCACUGGGGAGGGCAAGGGGGCACUAAUAGCCCCAAGGACUCAAAGUGGGCCUACCAAAAGCCCAGAGGAGGCUGUAUCCCCUAAGACUGAUAAAUCCUCCUCCCCAAAGCCCCUUAUUAGCACAACAACCACCCACACAGCUGCCGGUAAAUCUGAGCAGGGACAUUCCACAUUUUCCUCGGAUGUGGGGGUCCCAGAGAGUCAACAACGGACAAGUGCAGAUGGGGAGAAGGUUCUUGCCUGUGUGGUUAAGCCCAGCAGGGUUUUGUCUCAAGAUUCAGAGUCUAUGGUGCAAGAGAAGGUCUACCUCAACAAAGGACCUACUAUACCUAAGCCCUAUGCCUCUCCCUCUUUGCCAAGAUCCUCCGGAACACCCUCUCAGAGCCCGGAUGCCAUCUGCCGGACAUCCCUUGUUGGCAUGAGUCAGCAGGCUGUAAGGCAAGGGCAACCCGGGGGGGCCCCGGUCCUGGAGAGGGCCCAUCAUGGCAGGAGUCCCAUGGGGGUGAGCGAUCUUCGGGCAGCCUUGAGGGGCAGAUGCCUGGAGAGGGAUGUACUGAGGACCACGGUCACCCUGCAUCAGCCUGUUGAGCUGAAUUGGGAAGAUGAGCUGGUGUUUACAGUGGUGGAGCACCUGCCCAUAGGCCUGAUCCCAGAUAAUGGGCGGCCCUCCAGCAUCAGCAGCUUCAACAAUGACUGCUCCCUUCAGGCCCUGGCCUCAGGCUCCAGUCCUGUCAGCAUCAUUAGCAGCAUCAAUGAUGAGUUUGAUGCUUACAUGGCACAAGAGGGUGUAUCUGGGGUGUGCUCUGAGGUGACCACAGCCUCACAGGAGGAGCUAUUUGCCCAUCAUGGUAGCAGACAGUCUUCCAUCGGCUCCUGGCAGAGAGAAGUGAGCGUGUGCUCACUGGACAGCGAAGGCACCCAUUCGUCAGGUAGAUUAUUACAGAGAGAUAAGUGCAUGACCCCGGAGAACACCUCUAUACUGUCCUCCCCUGUUAUAUUCCAGAGGAAGCCGUUCUUGCAGCAUGGUGGCAUGUGCUCCCUAAAUGAGUUGGACAGUGACCCCGCCACCCCAAGCAAGCUCUGCCUAACUAAGUGCCCACCUUCUCCUGACUCUACCAAAGCAUCUCUCAGAGGCUCUAAAGAGAAAGCCAACACACUGAACAACUCAGCAUCUUCUCAGAUCCCACACCAUGCUGUUCACUCCAGUCUUCCCAGGAAAACCAAGCCUACCUCAUUAGUUGCUCCAAGCUGCAGCAGGCAGGAAGGCAAGCAAGACGACCUCUGUUUGCGAGGAGGCAGCCAUUCAGAUCCUAGAGCACCUGAAUCCACUGUGACGAGUAAGCCACCAAGAAUAGGCAUGAGUGGCAUCUCUUCCAGGAAGCUGGGAGGAAACGGCAACAGUGUACCUCGACCACCAAAGGAACAGGUAUCCUCCUCGACUCAGAGGGUGGUUGACGGUUGUGAGAAGUCCAGCAGCAAGAAAGGAGAGACCAUGAGCAGGAUGCCACAUCUCAGGCGAGGUGCCACCACUCUUGGCACAGUCUUAGUCCCUCACAGUCCCUCUGAAUCAAAAUGGGGCCGCGAUGGCACUUCAGAAACUAAUAGUCUGAGAUUCUCCUCUUUGGGAAAGAGGGCAAAUGGACAGAAAAGCAGCAUGCUUCCAAAGUCUUGCUCCGGCAGCAUCUCUCCUCCUGCUCCACCUGUUCGCAAAUCAAGCCUCGAUCAAAAGACAAGGAUAGUCUUAUCUCCUAGUGCCUUAAGGGCAGCCAGCGAUGCUGCAAGGUCCUCAUUACCUAAAACAUCAGUCUCUGAGGAGGAGUUUGAUGUUCUAUUGAGAAGGGAUUUGUUUAGCUACAAAACAUCCAGCUUGAAGGCUGACCAUGGCUCAGCCAAGACCGCGUCAAGCCUGAGGACACGAGGAGCCAAAGGCGAUUCUGGAAGGUACUAUGGUAGCCUGAUGUCCUUGGAGAGAUGUGACAUUAUAACCUCAGUGGGGUCCAAUCCUGGUCUGUCGAGAGAGAAUAGUGGGUGUAGCUUAGGAGGCAAUGGAAAAUCCAAUAGAUCAGUGCCAAGACUUGGGGUCCCCACCUCCACACCCACUGCUACCUCUCCACCUUCCUCUAUCACCUUUGCAAUGACAAGCAAGUUGGGACAGCUCAAAGCUAAUGUCAGCCCCAGGAACAUUGUUUCCAGUGGAUCAAAGGCUCGAAUUUUGGCUGCCAGCAGUUCUAAGACCAUUAGCUCCUCCACCAAAUCCCUCGAUGCUCCAACAGAACACAAUGCCAGCCUACCUCCAACUGGGAAAUCCGUAGCUCGGUCUGUGGCAGGGGCCAAUGGCAAUGGCAAGCCUGGCAGGGGCACUAUCAUGGGCACCAAGCAGGCCAUCCGGGCUGCCAACAGCCGAGUUUGUGAGCUUGUGGCGGGAAGCCCAAGGAAACACCUAAGCAGGGGUUCAGAGGCUGUUGGGAACAACGAUAGCGGGGAAAGCAUCAGCGGGUCCCCUGCCAGCACGCCGCUACCCUCGCCCUAUAGCAAGAUCACAGCCCCGCGGAGGCCCCAGCGUUACAGCAGUGGGCACGGCAGUGACAACAGCAGUGUGCUCAGCGGGGAGCUGCCACCCGCAAUGGGGCGCACUGCGCUCUUCUACCACAGUGGGGGCAGCAGCGGGUAUGAGAGCAUGAUCCGGGACAGCGAGACCACAGGCAGCGCCUCGUCAGCCCACGACUCCAUGAGCGAGAGCGAGGUGUCCACCUCCAAUAGGAGUAGAGUGUCUAAAUCACCCAAGAAGAGAGGCAAUGGGCUCCUGCGGCGCCGUCUCAUCCCUGCUCCCCUGCCGGACACCACCUCCUUGGGCAGGAAUGCUGGCAUCCCGGGACAAUGGGUGGACCUGCCCCCCUUGGGUGGGACCUUGAAGGAGCCCUUCGAGAUCAAGGUGUAUGAGAUCGACGACGUGGAGCGGCUGCAGAGGAGACAAGAGGGUGCCACGGGGACAGAGCAGCUAUUCCAGGAUGUGGAAAGGGGCCUGCUGUACUUCAACGUCAGGCUGAGGAUGCUAGAGAAGAGGCAGCAGCAGAUCAGGGUGCUGAGGGCCAAGCACGAGAGCCUGAGGGGGGAACUGGAGGAUGCCAAGAGCAGGCUGAUGCUGGACCCCGGGAAGUGGACCGGAGAGUUUGAGGUGGACCAGGAUCUGGACAUGGAGUCCCAGGAGUACCUGGAGGCUUUGGAGCAGGCCACGGGCGAGCUAGAGUACUGUGUCAACCUAUGCAAGUCACACGUCAUGAUGGAGACCUGCUUCGACAUCGUGGUAUCGGCGACCACCGUCGCGCAAGGGGAGCAACAGAAAGGAGAGCCUGCGAGACUGAUAAGAGUCAAAGGAGGAAAGAACGCAGAUGGGAAAGAGGACGAAUGUGAAAGUCAACCGGUGUAGGUUACAGAGGUUAACAUAUGAAGAGGAUGGUGUGUGCUACUUGUACCGUAGAGAGAGCCUGGCUUCGAUCAGAGUACAAUUAAAAGGAACUUUGGACAAACUUUCUCCAUUUCCUGUGGGAGGAAGGAUAGUUUGAACUGAGGAUGACCGAACAACUUUGUCACUGUUACCAGGAAGUGCCUUGAUCUGACUGAUUCCAAGGGAAUAUCGUUUUUUUUCUGAUCGGUGCUAGUCUUAAACAGCUUACCUGAGCAAACUCUAAAUGUAUUCUUUAUGCGACAUUUUUUAUUUUGUAAUGUUGUAUAGUGUAAUUAUGAUUACAAAAUAUGUAAACAAACCAUAAAUAAAAUGAAAGAAAAGCAAGUUCAUUAUUAUUGCAUACCCAAACCUUUGCCUUUCUUUGUGUUCAAAAUGUUUUACAGCCUUCUAUCUCAGUAGUGAGAAGUUAUUUUGGCCACUGAGUUACCUUUGGGCUAGAACAAACCUUACGCAAAUCUUUAUGUCCGUUCUCAAUGUCUGCAAUAGAAGAAGGUUGUCAGGAAUGAUUUGGGCUCAGAACUGAUUUGGGGUUAUAAACUCAGUUGCAGUCAAUUGUGCAGAAACAUUUACAAUCCAUACAGACGAAUGGCACGGUCUCUUAUAUACUGAACAAAAAUAUGAAUGCAACAUGCAACAAUUUCAAAGAUUUUACUGAGUUAU